UACUGGUCUUAUUCUGUACUUGAUCAUAUUAACAGCCUCAUUUCUCAACCAAACCAACCAUAGAACCAUUACCAGCCCCACAGGAUCCAUUAUCACCUAGAGGCCAUUUGCUACAGCUUUCAGUAAUAUUUAUCUACUCAGGAGAUCACUGAGGCAUGGAGUCCACAUCAGUCCCCGUGCUGGUUGCUGGACUUGUUGAUUGUGUAGCCCAGUUAAUAAGAAUAGCUGAAGAGCUUUUACAGCUGAUUUCACAGGAACAAGUUCCUUGUGUAGAGCAGAAUGAUAGAGCAGAAGAGAUAGAAGUGGAUGCAUCUUCUCCUGAGGAGGCUUCGCUCCCAGACCUUGCUGAUUUCUCAGACUUAGAGUCAAUACUUAUACCAAGAGAAGAUGAAGACCUAGUCCUUGACAUAGAUCAAGCGAUGGUAGACAUAGAAGACUUAUAUGAAGAUGUACUCUCCAGUAUAAAUGAUGACCUAAGAAGUGGUUAAGACCAAAUUUGCCCCCAGCAGCAUGUGAGAACUGAUAGUUUUUCUGUUUUAAAUAGAUUCUGAUUUUUCUGAGUGUUAACAAUGUUUUCUCCUAGUUCUGUACAUUUUCCUUACUAACACCUUAUAGAACAAGUUAAUACUAGAUUUACUUCCAGUAGAAGCUGGUCUCUUUUCUUCUUUAUGUUUCUUUUAAAAGCUGCGACUUUAGCCUUUCUCUACCUGUUCUUGUUCUUCUGUUGGGUUUUCUAAUAACAGAAGCAAAUGAUACCAAAAAAAGAAACUCCUCACCUAACAAUGGAGUUAAGACCUCAUGGACUCUAUCAUGGGUUGGAACCCAAUGUCAUUGUCAUGCAAGUGGAAACCAAAAGGGGAAUAUUCCCCAAGAUGGUAUUAUAAUGAAUACAUCACAUUGACAGGACAGCAUUGGGACACUUUUACUUGAAAAGAUAGAACUCUUCAUAGGCCUUUAGGGAGAAGAUUUGUCAACCAAAGGAUGUUAGGGGAAGCAAUUUUUGAAAAAGCACCAUCUAUUGGAUAAUAUAACUGUUUUUUGGAUAACUUUUGCCAGGGAAACCUUUGAGAAAGCUGAGGUGAAGAAGUUCCAAUGCAGGAGUAUUCCCUCAAAUGAUGACCCAUACUACAACUAGUCUUCAGUAUUGUUCCACAAAUGGAGGAGAAAUUAUAUCAAAUAACAAUGAGAGUGGUACUAGUACUAGCAGGUCUAAACAAAGCCCCAGGAAGACUGUUCACCAAUGCAGUCAAAGGCUCAGACAUGACAGUCCACAAAUAGAAGUGGAUAAAGUAUAUCUUCUUGGGUAUAGCUAGAGUUAUAAAGAAUAGCUGAUAGGCUUAUUAUAGUGAACCUGCUGCCACCUUGACAUAAAAAUCUUAACUGUUGACAAAUGGCAGCAAUAAUGAAUUUGAAUAAAAUAUGGAUUGGUAUUUAGCCCUAAUAAUUCUACAAAUACCAGAAGGCUAAAAUGCAAUAGUUGGAGGACUCCUCUACCCAUAUUAAAAUAGAAAGAGACCCAAUAAAUGUGUGGGAAGUUCACUGCUCAUACUAAUUCCAUGCCAUAUAGUAAUCUUGCUUCCAUUUGGACAAAUAGCUACCCUUUAAACAAGCCCAUGGACACGAUGGUCCUCCUUCCUAGAGAAUGGCCUUUGCAUCUUAAAACAUGGGCAACAACUGGGUAAGGCAUAGUAGUUACGACAGAUUGGUGCAUUCAUAUUGUGAAGAAAUGAUAAGUAGAAGUCAAUCCACUCUGGUGAAAACCAGACUAUACCCAAUUUGUAUAGAGUCCUAAGGUAUAUUAUUAGCAAAAAGAUUAAAAAUACACUGAAUACAGAUAGCUUCAGAACUAACCAACAUGACAGAUGCUGCAUCUAAUCCUAAGUGAGGUCUAUAUACAGGGAUAAUUAGCUGCUUUUAAAGGUAAAUGUGGGGGAAGCUAGAGAUCCAAUGUGGAUAAGCAGUAGCAAGAGAAGCAUAAGUUAGUUUUGCCACUGAAUUUCAGGUUGAGUAUACGUAACAAAUUAAAGAAAAAGACUUCUGUAUAAAAAAAAAAACACCACAUAUCUUUUUGAAAAUGAGAGGAACUUAAGGGAGAUACUCAAACAUGUUAUGAUACUGUUCCACAAUAGACUGCUACAUGGAGUAGAUGAGGAUCCAGGACACUUAGACCAGUGCCCAAAGAUACAAAGAGGAGAAAUAAAAUUUCUAUCACCAGGAAAUUACUGUGGGUUAUUACAAGUCAGACCAGAUAGCAGAUUAAAGGACUUCACUGCUGUACUAAUUGGACAAAUCAAGCCUUAGUUUCCUAGGGUAGGGGACUCUAGCUGUUGUGGUAUGUCCAAAAUGGCAAAUAAGAGAUGCGGUGCAAAGGCACUAUAUGAAAUUAACUAAAAUAUAGCACUGGGAAAACAAGAAGAAACGGUUUAUCCCACCAUUCCAUUUGGAGCAGUUUUAUAAGGAGGACUAGUGAUCAGAGUUAAACAAGGAAAUCUGUACAUGUAGCAACCAAGAAGAAUCACAGAGGAAUUGGAUAAAAGUUAAAGGAUAGAAUCUAUGCUUUAAUUAAAGGUUUGGAAACAGCUGGGAAAGAUAUAUACUCUCCACUAGGAAUUUGGACUUUAGGAAAUUGGCUUUAAUUUUGUGUCAGAAUAAAACCCAGAGCAGGAGUAUUUGGGCAAGAUCAGGAAACAUCCAAGGACAGACCAUCAAUCUGCUACAAAUUCUAUUCAGCAAGUAUUUUCACUGUAAAUGGACAGUUCUGGUGCUCCUCAAAUAUGAUUGAUACCAACGGUAGCUAUUCCUCUAUGUAAAGCUCUGGAAUAUAGACUUUUUAACAAUUCCACAAUGGAUUAGUGUGAGCUCAUUAAAACUGUUACUAUUAGAGAAUGCAAGCAAGCAUACUAACUAAAGGUGACCAUCAAAAUACAUCAAGAGAAAUCUUUGGGCACCUGGAUGGCUCAGUGGGUUAAG